GCGGGGAAAGGUCUUCCCGUGUUGCUCUUCCCGUGUUUCGAAAUGUCAACAAUUGUCAACAAUAUGGCCUUGUGAAAUAAUCUGUAUGUAGAAAUACUAAACGUUUUUGUGCAAUUAAUAUUGAAUUACUUUAGAAGAGUAUAACUCGAUGGCCUUCGAUUGAUGCGUAUACGUAAGACGAAUAGCAUUAACGAUAUGCUCCAUCCUAACCUUACAUUUAGAAAUCAACAUCAGUUUCACUAAAAUAAUAGAAAUCUACCAAAACCUAAGCAUAACGGUAAACGAAAUGGCAGCACAAUUAGAACGUCUGAGAAAAAAUAAAUGUUGCAGUUAAACUAAAACAUUUGUUUAAAUGAAAUUGUUUAUCAAAUUCUUAUGCUUAUUUAUUUUCUCUUAUUGUUAAGAAUUUACUUUGUUACGUGGAACGUGGCUACUAAGUAUCCGGUGCAAGAUCUGCAUCAACUUUUAAAUGUUACACGUGGAAAUUUAAAAUCUUUGCCAGAUAUGUAUUUUAUUGGACUACAGGAAGUAAAGGCACAACCUCAAAACAUGGUAUUAGAUAUUUUUUUUCAAGAGGAUCCAUGGACCAAAUCAUUCAGAGAAGUAUUAAAAGAUUACGAUUAUGUGAAAAUCCGUUCUCAACGGUUACAGGGUCUUGUUUUAAAUAUGUUCUGUUUAAGAAAACAUAUUACUCAUUUAAGAAUGGUAGAAGCACAAUAUACGAGAACAGGAUUUGGUGGAAUGUGGGGUAAUAAAGGUGCUGUAAGCAUAAGAUUGAACAUAUAUGGUGUUAGCAUUUGUGUCGUAAAUACGCAUCUAACGCCUCAUGACCAUCUGUUAACAGAUAGAAUAGCAGAUUACAAUACUAUUCUUAGAGAACAUUCUUUCAGUGCACCUGACACAUCAAACAUUUUAUUUCAUGAUUAUGUAUUUUGGAUCGGGGACUUGAAUUUUAGACUUCACGGGGAAGAUCUAACUGCCACUGAUAUUGAUUUAUUGGUUAAAAAAAAUCAAUUGAAUCUACUUUUGGAAAGGGACCAAUUAAAGUUGGUGAUGAGGAAUGGCGAUGCAUUCGCAGAAUUAAAUGAGAACGUUAUUGAAUUUCCUCCUACGUACAAAUUUGAAUUUGCUUCGCAAGAAUUUGAUCUCAAACGCCGGCCAUCUUGGACAGAUAGAAUUUUGUACAAAGUUAAUGCAGAUGUAUAUGAUGAUGUUACAUUAAGCGCGCUACAACUUAAUUACAAGAGUCAUUCUAAUUACAUUCAAUCUGAUCACAAACCUGUGACUGGUGAAUUUGAUAUUACGAUUAGACCGAAUGUGGAAGACCAUGGUGUAGAGUUUCAGCCAGUUUCUGCUUGGUUCAUAGACGAAGAAAAUUCAGUAUCAUAUAAAUUGAUCGGAGAUGUAAGACCAGUAAGUGGAGAUUGGGUGGGUCUUUUUCAUAAUCAAUUUUCUAGUUUAGACGAAUAUAUCGUCUAUGAAUAUGUUGUACGAGGUAGAACAACAGAAACUUCAGGAGUGGAAUCUUCCGAACCAAUAACGGAAAGAAUAUUUUUUAGCGAUUCGGCCCUUAGAAUUCCUGGAAUGUAUCGUUUAGUUUACGUAGCGCAACGCGGUGACCUCAAAGGAAUUCUUGGUAUGAGUCCACCGUUUCCAGGUCAUCGCAGACCGCUCUGAUUGAAUUUCUCUAAAGCCAGACAAAUUAGUUGAAUUAUUUUCGCGGUAGUCUAUAAUUUCGGGUUGUUAAUGAAAACGUUUUAUCGGUAUAUGAUGCGAUCGGCAAAUAAUUUGGUUUGUAUUAUUAAUUUUAAUGAGCGGGCCUAAGGAUAAUAAUCGACCAAAAGGAUUUAUAAAUUCUUUUUUUUUUUAGUAAUAUAGAAGGAUAUAAAGAAAAUAAUGACAAUUACGAUUAUAAAAAGAAAAGAAAAA